GAAUAUUUGCAUUUUGUUUUUAGUGUAGCUUGUUGUCCUUUGUUGGGCAAGAACAGUAAAAACGAGUGGUAGCAAUAUUUGCAAGGUCGCUUGAAAAGUUAAAAAAAAAGAAAAGAAAUAACACCGAAAUGGAGAAACAAGUGGAUUUAGAUAAUAAUGCAAAGCCCAUAGUCAAGGAAAUUCUAAAUCCUGGCAACAAAUACAUCGAACUAAAGCCAGGCACCAGGGUGAAAUUCCACUUUCAAACACGUCGGGCCAACGAUGUGCGAAUCGUGGACGAUAGCAAGAAAAUUAACAAGCCGAUGGAGCUGGUGCUGGGCAAGAAAUUCAAAUUGGAGGUGUGGGAGGUGAUUGUGCAGAAAAUGUCCCUAAACGAGGUGGCCAAGUUUACUGUACACAAAUCGCUUUGUGCCCAGUAUCCGUUCAUUUCGAAAACGCUGCGCGACAUUGGCAAAAAACCGGAGGAGCGUCGUCAUUGCUGCGGCAUGACAUUGCAGAACGAGGGCAUGGGCUACGAGGAUCUGGAUGAGCUGCUGCAAAGGCCUGUCGAUUUGGAGUUCAUCAUCGAGUUAAUAUCCAUUGAGCUGCCCGAAGAGUAUGAGAAGGAGCGCUGGCAAAUGUCCGAUGAUGAGAAAAUGCUCGCCACGCACACCUUGCGGGAGCGUGGGAAUCGUCACUAUAAGGCGCACGAGUAUGCCGAGGCGGAGAUAUGUUAUCGCGAUGCGGUUGGCAUGGUCGAGCAGCUGAUGCUCAAGGAGAAGCCACACGAUGAAGAGUGGCAGCAGCUGGCCAGCAUUAAGACCCCACUGCUACUCAACUACGCCCAGUGCCGUCUGAUUGCUGGUGACUAUUAUGCCGUCAUUGAGCACUGCAAUGAGGUGCUCACGCUGGAUCCGCGCAAUGUGAAGGCUCUGUUUCGCCGUGCCAAGGCACAUGCGGGCGCAUGGAAUCCGGCACAGGCACGCCGCGACUUUAUCGAUGCGCUGGGCUUGGAUGGAACACUGAAGUCAACCGUUGCCCGAGAGCUGAAGGCCAUUGAGGAGCAGCAGCAUGAACGCAACGUUCAGGAUCGCAUCCAUAUGCAAAAGCUCUUCUAGAAUAUAAGUUGCGCUAACAUACUGCUCAUGCUCCUUGUUUAUUGGAGCAGCUAUGCGCAGCGUUAACAGUUAGCCAAUGCUUUUCUCUUUUGGCUAAAGGGUAGCUACGUCUACUCUUUGGCCAUGCACUGCUCCAAGGGGUUUAUUAUGCUCUGUUUGAUUUUUAAUCAGCUGCUCUGCUGCUGGACCCUAUAUAAGACGCUAUUCGUGGCUAUCCAGAAACGUCGACGCAGACGUGAACGUGGACGGGCACGGUUACGAGCAAGUGCACGAAAGAGAUGGCGACAAUGAAUUCAAACCGUAUUUCACACUCUCUCUCUCUCUCCAUCCUAUUGGCAUUUGCAUAAUAUUUUAAACAUUUGGAAUUAUCAUGUAAAACGGUUUCUGCCAGCCAUUAAACCGACUCCUAGAGGCGACUCAUCAAAUAUUAUGAACGAAUAUGUAUAUGUUGUAUUUAUAUGUGUAUAUUAGAGUAUUAAUUAAUGUUGAAGCCAAAUAUGCAUUCAAUAUGCAUGCAUGUCUGUAUAAUUAUACGAAAUGUAUGUGUACUAACUAGUUCUAUAUAGACUCCUAAGAUCUAUCUAAUUGUAUGUAUGUGUAAUAAAUUUUAGCUAAUUGUUGUUAACAAACACGUUUUCUUUGUAAAGUUGACGCCUAAAACUGCAACUAAGAAACUAUUCGAUCUUAUUUACUCAAGUAAUUGUAACUUAGAUAUUAGAUUUAAAGUUUCGCACCUUGGCGAAGUAAACUAAUGGUAAACUGUACAAAUAUUAUUUCACAAGUAGUUUGUAAUUAUUUGACUUUCCCUGAAAUGUGCAGUUUUUCGUAAACAAAUAACAUAUGAAAGAGACGCGAGUACGGCGUGCUCAUUAUUAAAUUCUGUUCACUGCGACACGAGCUAACAUACAGUUUAGAAAUAUGUUUUUUUUAUAUAUACAUAUAUAUAUAUAUAUUUUUGUCUAUAUAUAAAACUGUUUGUCCUGAUUGAAGCGGGAAGCUAAAAUUUGUACUGUAAUUAACCUAUUUAAUAUAUGUGCAUGAUAAAACAGAGCUUGCGAAAAUUCCACGCGCAAGUGUGGAAAAUUCGCGAAAAACAA